AUGGCCUAUACACAUCCAAAAAUGUCGACAAUAUCAACAAUAAAUGAUUUAGCAGGCGAAACUUAUUUGGAUAUAUUCGAAUAUUUUUAUAUCAACGAACUAUUCGAUUCAUUUUGGGACUUGAACUAUCGACUAAACAGUCUCAUCUGUGAAAACCGAAUACCAUUAGCAAUUCGUUUUACAGAUGCUCGAGAAAAUGAAUCAGCUCAAUUUGCUCGAAAAUUUUAUUCAAUGUCGAUGGACCGUACAUGCAUUCGAUCUUACACAUUGUCAUCAAAUGAUCUAUCUCAACAGCAACUGUUGUUUAUUGGUUCAUUUUCUAAAUUACAAUCGUUGAUAAUAGAUCCACUGAGAAAUGUUGAUUCAAUUGAAUUAAAACGAUUUCUAUUUGAUCAACCACAACAACCAUCAUUAAAAUACGUAUCGAUUAAAUUUUCUACAUGUUUUUCUCCUAAAGAAUUUGAUGAAAUACUCGAUUGUUUAUACCAAAUUCAAUCAUUAACUACAUUGAAAGUCUAUGGAAAUCGACAGAUGAUCCUUCAGCUAUCAUUACCACUUCAUGUUUUAAAUAUACAACGAUUAACACUAGUGCCAUUUCCUAUUGAUUGUGAAAAUCUUUUACUAGCAUUUGCUAAGUAUUUGCCCAAUCUUUGUUAUUUAAAUGGAACACUUAAUUCUUUAACUGGUGCUGAUAAUGCUGAUAGACCAACAGCCAAGUACUGGAUACGUCAUCAUUCUGCAUUAAACAUGGCGCAAUCAUCAUGUCUAAUGCCAAAUUUAAAACAGCUUUAUUUUGAUUUCCACUGUCCUAUUCGUGUAAAUGAUUUUGGUCGAUUUGAUCAGAUUCUUUCAUCAUUAUUAUUGUCAUUACCCAAGUUAGAAAAAAUCACUUUAGUUUUCUACGACCGCGUAAAUAAACAGUUAUUUUAUCAUUUAUUCGAUAUAAGUGAGCAAAGUUGCUUUCAAUAUCAAUAUGAUGAAGAAACGAACACAGAAAUUCAAGAUGGACAUUCUAGAAUGAAAAUAAUAAUUAGAAUUACCAGACAAAAAGCAUACAUAUAA